AUGUCUUCUUCCGACGUUGCUCGAGAACAAGCUGCUUUCGACGUCGAAUGGGCCGACGUUAAGAGGUGGUGGAAAACUAACCGGUUUCGCCUGGCCAAGCGUCCUUACUCUGCUGAACAAGUCGUUUCUAAACGUGGAUCCUUGAAGCAGUCGUAUGCGUCCGACACACAAGCUAAGAAAUCAUGGCCUUCGUUAGAUCUUAUCCCGAUACAAAUGACAGAAUAUCUUGAAACCGAUUACAUUUUCCGUUGGCAAUGCUCAUCCACGGCUUCUACUUCCAAUGAGCCCGGUCUGGAUCCCGUCGAUACAGUUGAGCACUUAUUCCUGGCUCAACAGCUUCACGACAGGGAACAAGAGGAGGCUUACCCCUCUAGUAUGGAGAAAGAAGUUCAAUUUUUAGAAACGAUGCGACCUCGAGAUCGGCUUGCAAAGUGUUCAACGUGUCAACCGAAUAAGCUAUGUACUUUCGCUGAAUCGUCUUCGAACAUUCUCAUUCACAAUGGCAUUGCUAAAAUUACGGACUUUGGGCUGUCUACCGUACUAGCACAAUUUCUUUCCGAAUCACGCGGUGAAGGUACUGCGGCGUAUAGGGAUCCAGUCUCAUUCCGGGAUCCUUCCUACCGGCGUAAAAAAGAAGCGGAUGUCUUCAGUCUCGGCGUGACGUUAUGGGAAAUUUCUAGCGGGAAAGUACCAUGUGAAGGCUGCAAAAGUCAUGAAGUACCUAAAUAUAGAGAGAAAGGUUUUCGGGAUCCCCCUUCUUCUGAAACACCUGAAACGUAUGUUAAGCUUUAUUCAGAGUGUUGGAGGGAAGAUCCUUACGAACGACCAAUAUGUAAGGACGUAUACCGGCAAUUGCUAAUAUUGUAUGAAAUAUAUAUAUUACAAAUUUACCAAAACCAAAACCGGACAAUUGAAGCUCUAGAUCUCUCAUGUAAACAUAUUGGCAUCGGAGGUAGAGAAGCACCACCAUUAAUGAGUGUCCUGGGAUCAAGCCCUUCUAGUUCUGGAUCAGCGUAA